AUGCCAACACGCUCCUCAGUUCGUCACGGCGAAGGGGUACCAUUGCCCCCAGUUCUCCUUUUCGGCUCACAAGCCAACGCUCGGAGCUCGAGGGCGCGAGCAGUAGCACACGGGAGGGUUGCCGUAUCGUCUUCUGACGGAAUGGAUGACCUUUUAGAUGUAAAGAGACGCCUUCUUCGCGACAUGGAAUUGGCAAAGCGCUGGGACGCUCGUAGCGUGGAGUUACUUCAGAUCCAUCGGAAGCGAGCGUGGGAUAUCGCUUUUGGGAAACCGGGUGGGGAUGAUAUUGAAGUUUCCACAAUGGAGUUCUCUCUCUAUUGCCCUUACUCCCGCACUGCGAUGUAUUGCCCUGUUCGAGGCGAAACCUGCCUCCAUGUGCAAUGCUGUGAUUUGGAGUCGUGGAUUACGUUAUUCAGGAAGCAGCGCUCCCUGCGGGACAGGAGAGCACCAUGUCCCGUCUGCAAGGGAGGUGUGCUCGUGUCGAGCCUUGAGGUUGACUUAUGGCAGCUGCACGUCCUUUCGGAGAUGCCCCAAGGGACACAAAAGUUGGUGUUGAAUGCCGAUGGUAGCUACUGCAGCGGAGACAUUUCGCGUAAGCAGCGGAAGGAAGAGGAGGUAACGGAGGUUUUAGAUAUGACGCAGACGUCUACGCAGAAAGUAUUCACCGAGGAGGGUACCGGCGUUCCUACCAGUGUUUCUUCUAGUGCGAUGCCGGACGCAGCAUUUUCCAAGUCUGAGUUCAUCCGGGUUAAGCGCGAACGACAUUCAUUGGAACGCUUGACAGAUUCACCUUCCUUAGAGUCUGAUGCCAGUUUGGAGGCGACACCCGACGAUGACGUCGUGGUGGUACAGUACGAAGCUCCUGCAGUGGAGGUGCGUGUGCUACCCAGUCAGCUACGCCUUUGGACCGCACACUGUCCCAAGUGUAAGCAGGAAAUGUCAUGCAACAGUGAGGAUGCCUCUCCGAGUCAAUGUGGCGCCUGUGGUGUUGAAAAGAGCGGCUGGACUCUCGUCCGCCGCUUUCCCAAUUCCCAUGUGACACUGGAGCUAACUGGUGAUGGCACAAUCUUACUACGUGGUGUGGACGCGAUGGCGCCGUAUCUGUGGCGAGCGGGAUUUAACCGUGAGGUCUUUGUUGAUCCCCCCGCUGGUGCUCAUCGAUGGCGUGGUGUAGGAGUCUGGUAUAGCACUUUUAGGUUUACUAGGUACGAAUUGGAUUUUGUCGAGGCAUGCUGUGAGCGUGUUUCGCGGAAUGAGGCGGUAGGAAACAUUCCGGAGACGCCGUGGCUGUUCCGCGUCCCGGGCCAGCGGCGCUCUGAGAGAUUCUCUCAGCUUAGUCUCAGUGGUUCCGGGAGAUAG